GGGUUUCUUAUCUGGCAGCGACUCAAAAAACAGCUCCGCCGGCAAACUUGAACCUCAACAACGUCUCAAUCGCGCCGUCCACAGCUCCACGUCCCAAAUUCCGGCCUUACAAUAAAACACCAAGAACCAAGAUGGUCCGCGUCAAACACCGUUACCUUCUUGUCGAUAUCCUCUACCCGGAACCCUUCUCCUCCCCCUCAUCAGCCUCUACCACAUUCGCUACAAAAUCCCAGCUCCGAAUCCACGCGCCGACGUCUGAUGCUCUCACACCAAGCUUGCUAGCGAAAAUGAUCCGCGAUGAAGUCGCCGAUGUCUUCGGGGACUGGGGCGUCGGGAGAUUAGGUGGUGUUGGAGCCGGGGGUGUUAGUGUGAAAUAUCUCUCCCCCGCCACAUCAACAGCAAUUAUCCGGUGCCCGCGCGCGUCGUAUCGACUAGUCUGGACGGCAUUGACAUUCAUGUCCCACGUACCAGAUAUCAGAGAUAAUGGGAGGUCGCUGAAGCGCGGAGAGCAGGCGAGCUUGACGAGGCCAUGUGUUUUCCGGGUCGUUAGGGUGUCGGGCACGAUACGGAAGGCUGAGGAGGAAGCGGUUCGCAGGGCGAGGAGGGAGAUUGUUCGGCUUCGUGCGAUGGCGGAGGUGGAUGUUCUGUCAGGGUUAGUGGGAGGGUUAGAAAAGAGUGGGAAGAGGGAGGAUUUGGGGGGUGCGUAUGGGGAUGGUGAAGUUGAUAUGGAUAUGGAUAGUGAGGAUGAUUGAAGUAGUUGGUUGCGGUCGUUGUUGUACAUUUAUUCAUUAGAGAUACCCUAUGUUACAGUUCUGUGCUUCAUGAUCUGCCUGUGCCUUUUAUUUCUUUCGUAUGACCUUGACUCCACCGUCGGGUAUAGGCGCUUUGGAGCUAUAGAAAUCGUCGUCGUCUUCCUCGUUAUUCCCACCAUGACCGGGUGUCCCUUGCUCAUGCUUCCUAGCUUCUUCUUCCAGCUGCCGUCGUUCAUCUUCAUCGUACUCGUCUUUUGCAUCCAGCCAGCGUUCUUGCACAUCUCGAAUGUCCAUGGUCCUCAUUCCUUCUCGCACCGCUACUUGCCAGACGCUAUCGUUUGCGCCCUCUGCGGGGCCGAAAACAUACCCACUUGCUCGGUCAAUGGCUCGGAGUAGAUUCAUCAUACUCUUUUUGUCUUCCACAGCAAGCGUCUCGAACCCCACAAGCCCAAAUUCCUCGAUCAAGUCGAUAAUCGCAUUGUUCAGCGCCCCAAAUUUGUCGUGUGACACCCGGGACGACUCGGCGUCUAGGUGUGGAAGAAGGUAUGAAAGGUCUUGAACCUCAGUAUAGAAGUCUAGGUUAAAUGGGAGUGGGGCGUAGUUGGAUAAGUUGUCGAUCUUCGUUAGAACAUUGAGGUGUGGGAGGUCCAUUUGGAGCAUGGCGCGGAGACAAAGGAUGAGAGAAGAUAUAUACAUCGAGGGUAAGGUGAGGUUAUAUGAAUCGAUCAGGUGCAAUACUAUGAG